AUGGCUGCGGACCUGGAUAUGGCCUUCACCAUUAACGGUAUCGCCUAUGACCAUCAGAUACCGCUCUCACUUCGGAACCAAGUAUGGCUGAAUGUGAGUUCGGUUAAAGCAGGACGAGCUGCCAAAAUCACAACAAAAGACGUCGCGCCUGACUUCACCCCGACCGAAAUCGAAUUGGAGGAAACACCCGAGGGAUUGCCUCAACUCCUUUGGGUUGGAAUGUUCAUACCGGAUGCGAAAGACGUCGUCAAGGCAGGGUUUGGACAAGAGUUCGAAGGCUACAGCGGAAGUCGUAGCCAAGGAAAGUCAAUCAAAGAGGCCUCCAACCACCUCACCGUCCCCAAUCGCCCGGACAGAGUCUUCCGCGUGGGUGUCAAAAAAGAGGGCGUGUACGUCAAGUACUUCGGCCUCAUCAACAGAACGAAUGGGUUGUGCGAAGCACGUGUCGUUAAGCAAAACGAGGUUCUUGUUUUUCGAGAAUAUCGGGACGACGGUGACGCGCUGGGCCAGUGUAGUCGACCGACAAAGGGCGUGGACGGAAAAGAUUAA